AUGGUAUUAUUGGAACUGAUUCCUGGCGACUACGAGCCCGUAGACGACGGUUUUAUUAUUGACGGCAGCGUCUUGAUCACGGAGUCUUGCUUUGACGAGGGCCGCAACCCUGAUGACGGCAAGACUACUACCCAUGAAAUAGGCCACUGGCUUGGAUUGUAUCACACAUUUGAAGGUGGCUGCGACGCCGAAAACGACCUAGUUGACGACACUCCCGCCACGACAGGAGACGAUUACACCUGCAGCAAGAAGACGGAUACGUGCCCUGGCAUGCCUGGUCUGGACCCCAUUUACAACUAUAUGGCCUACACAUUGUGA